UCAAGCAGAAAAGGCAUUGUUAGAAAUUUCAACUUUACAAUCUGUCUUAUCUAAUCAUUUGGCCGUUCAAACCCAACAAACUGAUCGUCUAUAUGCUGAAGCUGUUGCCAUUACAGAUAGAGUCCAAGAAGGAAAUUUAUUAUUAACUAAAGCUAGGCAAAGAGCUUCUGACACAAGAAAAUGGAUAUUAAUUUUUUUAAUAUUAGCAAGUUUUGUGUUGCUAUUUUUAGAUUGGUAUGAUUAA